AGUCAGUUCUUUGCGGUCUACAACGAAAGACGAAAAGCCCUAAAAGAAAACAUUUUGAACUAACAGCUUUUGGUGAUAGUUCGGACAUAAAAUAUUUUGCGCCUUAUUGUAAUAUAUUGUAGCUAAAAAUAAUUUUUUGGAUAAAUUCCCUAGUGAAAAGGAUUACCUGUAAUGCGAAAUGUAGCUAAGGUGACAGUUAGUUGAUCAUAAUUAAGGUGAAUUGCCUAAUUAUUUCCCAAAGGAAAAGAGCUACAUUUUUUCUGCUUUUCGCUCUACCUGUUAAUCGAUGUAAAUUAGACAGUGCAUAAUCUACAAUGGGGAUGUUUAUAAAUAGACAAUCGAUAAAAUUAAUUAAAUUAGUGUAAAUGUGAUACAGUUCAAAGUGAAUUUCAUGUUACAUAUUCAUUUUAUAUUAUAUUAUUCACUCGUGUAUCAAAAUGAAGCGAAUAUCGGAAUCCAAGGAGCAACUCGUUAAUUCCACUUCUGUGGAUGUUGAGGAAAAAUCCAGUGAGGCAUUUGUGAGAUUCUGUGGUCGUGAUGCUGAAAUUGAUAUUCAGGAUAUUGUACUAACGGCCACGGAAAAGAAAUUUCUCUUAAGUGCAGAGCGAGGUGAUACAGUGACUGUGAAGAAUAUUAUUUCGCAGUACAAGGAUCAGCCUGAGGAAUUCAAUAUCAACUGUGUUGAUCCUCUUAUGAGAACUGCUCUCAUUUCGGCAAUUGAGAAUGAGAAUAUUGAUCUUAUAAGAUUGCUUCUUGAGGAAGGAAUUGAAGUGAAGGAUGCUCUUCUACAUGCAAUAUCAGAGGAGUAUGUGGAGGGUGUGGAGACACUCCUUCAGUGGGAAGAGGAACACCAUAAACCCGGAACGCCCUAUAGUUGGGAGGCGGUCAAUCAGGCAACAAGUACUUUUACCACGGACAUCACACCGCUUAUCUUGGCUGCCCAUAAAAAUAAUUACGAAAUCCUGAAAAUUCUGCUUGAUAGAGGAGCAACACUGCCAAUUCCUCAUGAUGUUAGGUGUGGUUGUGAUGACUGCGUAAUAUCCAGCGAGAAAGAUUCUCUGCGGCAUUCACAGUCAAGGAUAAAUGCAUACAAGGCCUUAUCUUCCAGCUCCUUGAUAGCACUGAGUUCUCGUGAUCCUAUUUUGACUACAUUUGAAUUGUCAUGGGAACUGAGACGCUUAAGUCGAAUGGAAACAGAGUUCCGUUUAGAAUACAAUGACAUGAGAAAAAAUUGCCAAGAAUUUUCUACAGCUCUAUUGGAUCACACCAGGACAUCGCACGAAUUAGAAAUUAUGCUGAACUUCAAUGGAGCAUUGGGUAAUGAGAAUUGGGAGCCGGGCGAGAGACAAACACUGGAACGGCUCAAAUUAGCCAUCAAGUACAAGCAAAAACAGUUUGUGGCUCAUCCCAAUGUUCAGCAACUUUUGGCAGCAAUCUGGUAUGAGGGUCUUCCAGGAUUCCGACGCAAGGGCAUGGUGGGUCAGAUAAUGCAAGUGAUGAAACUUGGAGCAAUGUUUCCCGUAUACAGCAUAAUUUAUAUGCUAGCACCAAACUCUCAAAUGGGCAAAUUUAUGAAGAAACCUUUCGUAAAGUUCAUAUGCCAUUCAUCGAGUUAUGCUUUCUUCUUGUUGCUUCUGGGAUUAGCAUCACAGCGGGUGGAGUAUUUGAUUCUAGAACUCAUAGGGACUCCAUGGCUUCUUUCACUGUUGGAUGAGUGGAAGAAACACGAGCGAGGUGCACCACCCGGCUUUAUAGAAUGCUUUGUUAUUUUAUACAUCAUUGGCCUUAUAUAUGGGGAAAUGAAAGAGUUAUGGAAUGGAGGAUUGAUUGACUAUGUGCAGGACCUGUGGAAUAUUGUAGACUUCAUAUCAAAUGCAUUUUAUGUCAUGUGGAUAAGUCUGAGAUUUUCUUCGUGGUAUACAGUUCAGAGGGACGCAUUAUCUGGUGAAAAUCCGUGGUAUCCGAGAGAGCAGUGGGACCCUUUUGAUCCGAUGUUGCUGUCUGAGGGAGCCUUUGCAGCCGGAAUGAUUUUCUCCUUUCUCAAAUUAGUCCACAUCUUCUCAAUUAAUCCUCAUUUGGGGCCUCUCCAAGUGUCGCUCGGACGAAUGAUUAUCGACAUUAUAAAGUUCUUCUUUAUUUACACGCUCGUGCUAUUUGCUUUUGGUUGCGGAUUAAAUCAAUUAAUGUGGUACUAUGCUGAUCUAGAGAAGAAUAAAUGUUAUCAUCUUUCCGGAGAAGUGCCUGAUUUUGAUAAUCAUGAAAAAGCUUGUUCAAUUUGGAGAAGAUUCGCCAAUUUAUUUGAAACGUCCCAAUCCCUGUUCUGGGCAUCUUUUGGUUUAGUGGAUUUGAUGGCUUUCGAGUUGCAGGGUAUCAAGAGCUUUACGCGUUUCUGGGCACUUUUAAUGUUUGGAUCAUACAGUGUCAUUAACAUCAUAGUCCUUUUGAAUAUGUUGAUUGCGAUGAUGAGUAACUCUUAUCAAAUAAUAUCAGAACGGUCUGAUGUUGAGUGGAAAUUUGCACGUACUCAACUUUGGAUGAGCUAUUUUGAAGAUGGUUCAACAUUACCACCUCCAUUCAAUCUCUUCCCUUCACUCAAAAUUGCUUUUAGAUUUCUCGGUUUAAUGAAGAAGCCAAGGACCUCGAGAAGUAUUAUGAAGAAAUCACGGGAGAAGGUGAGAAGACGUCAUGAUAACGUGAUGCGUCUACUUGUCAGGCGUUAUGUGACUGCUGAACAAAGAAAACGUGAUGAUUUUGGUAUCACGGAGGAUGACGUCAUGGAGAUACGGCAGGAUAUCAACAGUUUCCGCUAUGAACUCAUCGAUAUCUUGCAUAAUAAUGGCAUGAAGACACCCAGGAUCGAUCCGAAAGAUGCUGCAAUUGCUGGGAAAAAAGGACGUGUCAUAGAGAGGCGGAUUCUAAAGGAUUUCCAAAUAGGAUUUGUCGAAGGGUUGAUAAAUGAGUGUCUCAGCACAAGUCGAGAACCCAAGGAUGUUUUCAGUCAAAUUGCAAAAGCAAUUGGUGGCAAAAAGAUUGAAAGAUCAAGUGGCAAGGAUUGGAAUACCGUUGUGGCAACUAAAACUGUCACCACUGAUCCUAUAGGUACAGCACAGAAUUCUCAGAUUAGAAGAACGAAGAGCAGUUUCCGCCGGCAUAUUAUUGAGAAUGCAGGAAAAGGAAUGUCCAUGGAUACUGACAAGAUCAUUGAACUAAAUCCGAAAUUAUCCGAUGUUACCCCUAAAACUCGCAUGGCUUAUGUAAAGUUCAUGUCGAAGACUCUCCAAAAGGAUAAUGAAGACAAGUCAGAUGAUAAUGGACAAAGGAAUAAUACACUUUCGAAGCUUUCCCAACUGCCUGAAAUUGUCAAUCUUGAUGGAUCAAUAAAAGAAAAAGAUAAGGCGGAAUCACUGGAAUCAAAUAAAAAGAAGGAUCAACAGUGUUCCUCAAAAAUGAAUGAGGAAGAGUUCAAUGCAGGAAGUCUCAAGCAUUUUCGUGCAAGAACACCAAUCCAGGAACACUCGAAUGAGAAUGAUUGCAAUGAGACCCAUCCUUUUGGAAUAGUUGACGCAGCUAAAAGUGAGACUUCUGUAUCAGAACUGUCGUUGAUAUUGUCGCCCUUGGAAGUUAAAGAAUUAUACCCAACCACCUCAAAUCGUCCCAAAGUUCCGGCUGCAACAUCAAAGGGAAAAUCUAAGGUAUCUGGAGAGAGAGUCUCUGGAUGGAUUUAGUGUCCAGAUUUGUUGGAGCUUAUUGAGAGUAUUAUUCAAAAUAUAAAUUCUGCUAAAUGAACCGUCCAUUUGAGAACAAUUUGCUGAAAGAUUAUAAAUAUUGAUUUAAUGCGGUGACCAUUUCUUCACAAUAAAAUUUUCUCAUGUUCCUCGUUAGAGAUUAU